AGGUUGGUGUCAAUACCUUUAAAAUGGCUAAACAGGUAUUUAAAGUCCUUCUGUACAUUAGCUAUUAAUGUGUGUGGUCUUGUGAACGUCUUCCUUACAUCUAACAUCAGUGGUACGCUGGAACAGGGUUAUGAAGCAGGCAGCUGACUCUGGUCGUGAACUUGGGGAAAGGGUUUCGGCCAUGAAACUUGAAAGUAGUUCCCAAAACAGCACUGCUUUAUCAGAAAAUACUAUUGCUACACACGAAGGUAUUGCUAUUCAACGAAACGCACUAAGUCUUCACAAACAGAUAACCAAGUGGAUGGGAACUGAAAGUAAUGCUAAACCUCCCAUUUUUAAUGAAGUAGGAGAGAAAGGAUUCCUCAAACUUGAUCAUGACGUUCUGCUAGGGAGCGGCAGUAACGGAACUCGUGUUUAUUUAGGAACAUUCCGUCAGAGUGUAACAAAUGUUGAACAACUGGUAGCCAUAAAGAGAAUACAAUAUGACACAGAUGAAGAGUAUAUUAAAAUAGACAGAGAAAUUUUAACCCUGCAGAAACUGGACAAUGUCAAUCUGAUUAAAUACUUGUUUGCUGACAAAAAUAUUCAAUUUCGUCUUAUGUUUAUAGCUCUAGAGUUAUGCAGAGGAUCUUUAAUCAAUGUCUUUGAACUUCGUAAAGAUGUAUUUGAUCGCCCCUUUGUGCUACGAAACGGAUCUCCUUCAGAUGAUUGGUGGUUUAAAAAGCAUCUACUUCUAGGAAUAGCUAACGGAUUAAAAUAUGUCCAUCAAGAGGAUCAUGUGCACAGGGACCUAAAGCCUCAGAACAUCCUUGUCCAGGGGGAUGACAGCAAUGUAUUCGGAUACAAAGCAGUCAUUUGUGAUUUCGAGCUGACCAGGGAAUUGAAGCCUGGUAAGAGCAAACUUUCUCAUGCAUCUGGACUUGUCGGGACUCAUGGUUGGAUGGCUAAGGAGGUUCUCAAUGGAGGUGAUCAAACUAAAGCUUUAGAUAUCUUUGCUUAUGGGUGCAUUGUUCAAUUUGUUAUGUCUGAGAACAGAGAUAUGGGCAAAACCCAUCCAUUCGGACCUGAUGAUGACCGAAAUAGAAAUAUCAUAAAAAGUAAAAGGUACUCAUACAUCAGUACUCAUAUUGCUGAUAAUAAAGGUCAUGUCUAUCCUGAUCGUCAAUCUGCAUCUUUUAGUAAGAGAAAUUGGGUGGGUUACAGAUAUCUUGGAGAUGCCCUUCUAGCUGACAUGCUUGUGGGUGUUUGUAUAUCAGAGAAUAUAAAUGUACGCCCCAGUGCAGCUGGAAUAAUUGAACAUCCAUUCUACUGGUCUUAUGAACAACGAAUGCAGUGUAACGAAAAAAUGUUUAAUGCAUUUAAAGACAACUUCCAAAAAGUAAAUAUAAUAUCGGUGAUGGAAAAGCAUUGGGAAACCCUCGGCACUCACCGCCUUUCAUCAUUGGUACCUGUUGCAUGGGAUUAUUAUGUUAAGUAUAGAAAGAUAAAUGGAAAAAACGCUCCCUCGGUAGAGCUUAGUGCCAAAAUCUUUAACUGUUUGAUGAGAAACAUUCGGAACAUUCAACAACAUUACAAUGACGCAAUUAAAAUUUUGCCAGACCUUGAAAAGGUCAUGAAGGGAAACGAUGAAUCAAUGGGCCAAUACUUCUUUGAGGGUGUUCCUCUAUCAUUUCCUGUUAUAUACAUACACUUUCAUUGGUUGCAAUCACAGAGCAAUAGAUCGGGCGGAGAAAAGCAGGAUAUUUACGAUGUGCAAAUGGAUACCCUUUAUGCCAUAAAUAAUUAUCAUUGUUCUUUGUAA